GGAACGCAAAUGCUAGGAUGACCUCAGCGUAUCUAAAGCUCACUGCGGACUAGUGCGACAAAUACUACAGCCACGUGGUCCGGACGGAAAUCAACGAUAUGCAGAGAUGCAGACUUUCUAUUCCAUCAGAUAGCUAGGAUAACCCGCGUGUUCUCACACUUUUAGUCCGCCCUGCGUAGGCUGAUAGAUGAUCAGGGAGGGUCUGAAAAGCGGAAAGGGACGUGUACCUCUGGGGUUCACAGUCUUUGUUGUUCUUGCGCUUGCCUCCGUCCUGGGACAGGAGGCGAUCCGACUUCCAGACGACCAUGGUAUAAGGUCGGGAAUAUCGGUAGGAUCUGCUCUGAAUGCGCGUGGAUGGGGAUUGGAUAGGGGAUUGGAUAGGGGAUUGGAUAGGGGAUUGGAUAGGGAGGUUCGCGUUGAAAGCGAUGCAGAGUCAUCUCGGGAUUUACAACAUUACCACAGUGAAACUGCCACAGUCAGAUACAAGAAGAUCGCAUAUAGAUCUUUAUGAUAUGUGCGUGUCCAGUCCACUGGUCUGGGCUGUGCUACCAUGAUGUGAGAUUCAAGGCCCACGAGGGUAAGCAGAU